AUGUUAACUGGAAUAAAUCCUUCAAUAUCUGACGAAGUUAAUCGUCAGUCGAGUGCAAUAGCUAAACGUCGUGAACAAUUACGUCGAUGGGACGAGUCGGAAACCAAUCGCGCAUCGACGACUAUCAAACAUUCUCAACGUGUCAAAUUCGAACAAGCCUAUAUCUUCUUAGCCGCAUGUUCAUCGGAAGAUAGAGAAGAAAUCGAUAAACUCUUACAGCGAAGUGUCGAUAUCAACACAUCGAACGUCGAUGGGUUAACCGCACUUCAUCAAGCAUGUAUUGAUAAUAAUUUACAUAUGGUCGAAUAUUUGCUCAACAAAAAUGCCGAUAUAAAUUGUCAAGAUAAUGAAGGAUGGACACCUUUACAUGCAGCAUCAUCAUGUGGAAAUCUCGAUAUUGUCAAAUAUUUGUUAUCUCGUGGUGCUAUUGUUGAUGUUUGUAAUAAUGAAGGUGAAUUGCCGAUUGAUAUCGCUGAAGGUGAAGAUAUUGCUGCUUGUUUGGAAGAAGAUAUGAGAAGAAAAGGGAUUGAUGAUCAACAAUCGAGAAAUUAUGAACAUCAACUAAUGAUCAAACAUGCCCAAGACUCAUUGAAUAACAAUAAAAAUGGUUUGAAAUCAACAGCCGACGUCAUUGUUCACUCACGAACAGGUGCGACAGCGUUACAUGUUGCCGCUGCGAAAGGAUAUUUAGAUGUUAUUGAUCUGUUGGUACGUGCUGGUGCAAAUUUAAAGUCAGUAGAUAAUGAUGGAUGGACACCUUUACAUGCGGCUGCACAUUGGGAUAAACAUGAUGUGAUUAAAUAUCUUGUAGAGAAAAAUGCCAGUCUAGAUGUGAAAAAUUACGCUGGACAAACACCACUUGAUGUUUGUGAUGGUGAAACAUUAGAAUUAUUGAAAGAAUUAAAAGCUAAACAACCUCCUAUGAAGAAUGAACCAAUUGAGACAGUCAAACGAAUUCUUCCAACUCGUCCAAUCGAUGAGCAAAAAUCAAUUCUACGAUCUGAAUUACACAAUGAGAAUUUAGAUAAAGUGAAUAAACCUUCUCAGGUAGAUGAGAAUUCUGCUAAUGGUGCACCGAAUCUCAAAGAAAAACUGAAUAAUCUUCAAAGAUCUUUACAUGAUUUAAGUAACCGUUACUCCCGAACAAAUCAAGAAGAGUCUUUCAUACCAAAUUUUUUGAUAAAUUCAACUCCGACUGAUAAUGAAGGAUGGACACCUUUACAUGCAGCAUCAUCAUGUGGAAAUCUCGAUAUUGUCAAAUAUUUGUUAUCUCGUGGUGCUAUUGUUGAUGUUUGUAAUAAUGAAGGUGAAUUGCCGAUUGAUAUCGCUGAAGGUGAAGAUAUUGCUGCUUGUUUGGAAGAAGAUAUGAGAAGAAAAGGGAUUGAUGAUCAACAAUCGAGAAACUAUGAACAUCAACUAAUGAUCAAACAUGCCCAAGACUCGUUAAAUAACAAUAAAAAUGGUUUGAAAUCAACAGCCGACGUCAUUGUUCAUUCGCGAACUGGUGCGACAGCGUUACAUGUCGCCGCUGCGAAAGGAUAUUUAGAUGUUAUUGAUCUGUUGGUACGUGCUGGUGCGAAUUUAAAGUCAGUAGAUAAUGAUGGGUGGACACCUUUACAUGCGGCUGCACAUUGGGAUAAACAUGAUGUGAUUAAAUAUCUGGUAGAGAAAAAUGCCAGUCUAGAUGUGAAAAAUUACGCUGGACAAACACCAUUGGAUGUUUGUGAUGGUGAAACAUUAGAAUUAUUGAAAGAAUUAAAAGCUAAACAACCUCCUAUGAAGAAUGAAUCAAUUGAGACAGUCAAACGAAUUCUUCCAACUCGUCCAAUCGAUGAACAAAAAUCAAUUCUACGAUCUGAAUUACACAAUGAGAAUUUAGACAAAGUGAAUAAACCUUCUCAGGUAGAUGAGAAUUCUGCUAAUGGUGCACCGAAUCUCAAAGAAAAACUGAAUAAUCUUCAAAGAUCUUUACAUGACUUAAGCAACCGUUACUCCCGAACAAAUCAAGAAGAGUCUUUCAUACCAAAUUUUUUGAUAAAUUCAACUCCGACUGGUUCACUAACUCGAUCUACGAUAAAAUAUUCUCUUUCAAGUCCACAAAGAACAUUCACAAAUCCAUUACAAUCUUUAACGACAAGGAAUUUAAAUUCUAAUGACAUAUUUUAUCGUUUCGAUAACACAUACGAACCAGUGAUUAUGUCUCAUUCGAUUUCAUCUACGAGACAUACGAACAUCAAUCGAUUGUUGAACAGCGUCAAUCAGACACAGCCACCAGAGGCAUCACCGAGAAGAUGGGGUACAACUGAUCGAACAGUAGGUGGUGAAACAUCGAAUAAUACGGGUCCUUAUGUACGUCGUCGAUCUGCUGCUGGUGUCAAUGAAUCAUCUCCAUCGACUGCACCAACUACAGUUGUUAGUGUAACAAGUUCUCUUCCUCCGCCGACAGCCAAUGUAACAGUGACAUCAAACGAUGAGAUUGCCAAUGGAAAGCGUCGAGCAGCCACUCGUGAAGAAGAAGCCGAAGCGCAACGAAAACAUCGUUCAGCUCAAGCACGACGCGAACGUCGAUCAACUCAAAGCGUCACGGUCGAAGAUAUCAAAGCAGCUGAACAGCAAAUUAAAAAUCGCACGAAUGAAAUCUCUUCGAUAAAUAACAAAAUCGGCGCGCCAUCAACACCGUCGACGAAUGAAAUCGAAACUGAACGUUUACAAAAAGUCAUCGAAGAGAAAAAAGACAAAGCUCGAAAAACGAGCGGAGGAAAUGAAGAUAAUGUGGAAACUAUUUUGGAUAUAUCGCGUCGAAAUGAAACUACAACUAUUGUUGCUAAUGAUUCGCUAAAUAUCGCCGAACCUCGACGACGAACUAAUCGUGUACAUAAUCAAAGAAAAAAUACGGGAAAGAUUAUUUGGAAUGAUGAGACAAAAGAAGUUGAAAUUCGAGAAGAUUCUGUUCCAAAAACGUCAAGCGAAGGUUCAGAUGAUCAACAACGUCCAACUCCGAUAUCUCGAUUCGAAAAUACUUCGAAAGAUUUGCGAACAAAUCGUUCACAAAGUCAAGAACCAUUGAAAAAGUCUUUGAAUAUCUCCACGUCAUUGCCAAUGAAUGGAAUCAAUUCAAAUAAUGAUUCAACAGUCAUGAUGAAAUUAUAUGAAGAAGCCAAACGAAGAAUCGACGAGUUAAAUCAAUGUAUCGAACGAUACGAACGAGAUAUUGUCGAACGGGAUCAAGUUAUUGAGAAAUUUAAAACAUCGCAGUAUAUCGAAUCUUCACUUGAUAAACGAGAAAAACGUGCUUAUGAACGAAAAAUCUCGGAAUUAGAAGAAGAUUUAAAGAAAAUGGAUUCAUUGAAAUCGGAUAAUACACGUCUAAAAGAAGAAAAUGCUGCAUUAAUUCGUGUUAUUAGUAAACUUUCGAAAUGA